GAGGAAAAUACAAUAUUUGUUCUUGACAAUUUUCCAAAAUGGAGAUCGGCGUCGUAUCUUGUUUUUACUAUAAAUGUAAUAAACGCACGAGUCCAAAGACCAAUCAGGCGUUGCUUUACAUAUACAUGUAACUCAAAACUGCUAGAGAGAAAAGAAAAAGGAAAGAGAAAUCGACAACUUUGAGCAGCAUAGAGAGGCGAUCGCCAGUCAACCGUACGUACAAAAACAGGUUGCAGCUUGUGUGACGGCAGUGUGAAAUGAGCAUGUGUUAAUGUUAGUUCGAAGAUCAGUUCGGAAAUUUUUAGCCGACGAAGACAGAAUUGCUAUUAGCAGUAGUUAGUUUCCAAGUGAACGUGCUCGUAUUAAUAAUAAAACGCUUAAGCUAAGGAGUUGUAUGGAAAUAUGUACUUUAAAAUUUAAGCAGUGACUGUAUGUGGCCAAAUAACAAGAAUUAAUAAAUAAUUAAAUAGUGCUAGUUAAUAGAACCACAAAAAUACAACAGUGAAAAUGCUAAGCAUGACUGAGUUCGUGGAUAUGAGAAUGCAACAGCAGAUCGCGCAUGAAUUAUAUAGACAGCAAAUUAUGCAGCGUAUUCCGGAUCCAUUUCCACCUAUGCUCCCUUUUCAUAUGCCCCAUCACAUAAUAGUUCCCCAACGCCCGGCAUUGCCUGGUGUAAAAGCAAAAUUGGAAAACAACGAACUGUGGAAGCAGUUUCAUAGAAUCGGUACGGAAAUGAUCAUUACAAAGAGCGGAAGGCGAAUGUUUCCAUCAAUGCGUGUUUCAGUCUCUGGUCUCGAAAACGAAGCAAAUUAUUGUGUUUUGCUCGAAAUGGUUCCCAUUGGUGAUUGUCGGUUUAAGUUUUCUGGAUCGCAUUGGAUACCUGCUGGCGGAGCUGAGCCUCAGAGCCCCCAGCGAAUGUUUCUGCAUCCUGACAGCCCAGCCACAGGUACUCAUUGGCAAUCCCAAGCCAUUAUUUUUAACAAAGUUAAACUCACCAAUAAUACACUGGACAACAAUGGACAUAUUGUGCUCACCAGUAUGCAUAAGUAUCAACCUCGAUUCCACAUCAUCCGUACCUCAGACUUAACCCAGCUCCCUUGGUCUCCGCAGCAGGCUUUUGUUUUUCCAGAAACAGAAUUCGUUGCAGUUACUGCUUACCAGAAUGAUCGAAUUACAAAGUUAAAGAUUGAUAAUAAUCCUUUUGCCAAAGGAUUUCGUGAAACGGGCCAGUCACGUUGCAAGCGCAAGCUGAGCACCUUGAAUCCCGACGAAGAGGAUAUAGGGGAAAAUCCAUCCAGUCCCUGUAAAAAUUCGUUUGCGUGUAGCGAAGAUGAUCGUAUCAGCGUUAGCAGUGGACGGAUGGAGUUAGGAUCAAUAAAACGCUGCCGUUCGUUCGACUCUUACGAUGAUGAUAUUUACGUAAACUCGACCAGUUCACGUAGCUUUGAUAGUAUAUCGCCGCCCCAAUAUGAUGAAACAAUGUACUCGGCAAUGGCAAUGUACCACAGGGAACCUAUACAGUAUCAAUCCUUAAAUAGUCCGACCAUAGGUAUUUCCGCCGCUACAUAUUUAGCAGAUGCAGCCAAGAUCAAUCCACCUAUCUCCUCAACAACGGAUGAAAUGGAACCGUUGUUAAUUCAUCUGCCACAAAAAUUAAAUUUACAGAUGCACUUGCCGUAUUCGCGAUUGCCACAUCCACAUCUUCCACCCAUUACCAAUAUUACGCCGGAAGUUACAGUAUUAAGAAAUCCUACUGCGAUGACGCAUAUAAUUGAAGAACAAACUGCAGACAACGCAGCAAUAUUAUCCGAAGCCACCAGAACACAUAACGAAGAAAAAGUAGAGCCGAAACAAACGAAGCGCAAUAACUUUAGCAUAUCUGCGAUUUUAGCAUUCUAAUAAUUUCGUUUUUUAUCAAUUAUGUUCCAAGGUCUUCUAGCCUAAGAAGCAUAUAAUUUGGGUAUUCACAUAUUUAAAUUUGUACAUACAUACAUAUGUAUUAAAUAACAAAAAUUAGUAUAUGUUAAAAAAAUUUUGGAAGAAAUCCUUGUUAUUUUUGGUGCUCACUUGUGAGCAAUGUCAAAGUGUAAAUAGGAUCAUGUGUCAGAGCAUGAUCUGUAUCGCAAUUAAAUCAUAAAUAAUUUAAUUUUUCGUCAAUCUUUUAUUAUUACCGAACCAUCUUUCUCCGAUUUUGGAGGGGGAUUCGCCACUGCAUAUCUUGUUCACCUGGAAGUUUUUUUGCAUAUAUUCUCUCUUUAAAAAUACUUCUUGAAGCGCCUCAAUUACCAAUUUAAAUUCCUUCUUUUUAUACUCUUGUAACAUGUUGCUACAUAGUAUAAUAGUUUUGGUCACCCAAAGGUUGUUUGUAUCACCUAAAACUAAUCGAGAUA